AUGCGUUCUUCGAUUACUUUAUGUUUGAUACUAGUAUUAUUAAGUUUAUUUGCUAUACCAUCGAUCUGUAUAGAGACUUACAAGAUCGAAGGAAGAUUAGUCCCUAAUUUAUCACAACUUGAACCAUCAACAAAGAUUGUAUUGGAUGGUGGAAAAUAUUCGGUUUUAAUUCGUAAAAAUGGAAAAUUUGUAAUAGAUAAUGUGCCACCAGGAUCUUAUUUGUUAGAAGUUUCUUCAAGAAAAUUCAUAUAUCCAAAGAUAAGAGUUGAUGUUGAUCCAAGAGGUGUUAGACCUUUUGUGACAAUAACGGGUAGUGAAUGGAGUAAUAAUGGUCCUGCUUUACAGUAUCCAUUGGAAUUAUCCGCUAGAUCUCCUUCAGACUAUUUUGUAGUUAGGGAAGGAUUUAGUAUUACAAGUUUAUUUGCAAAUCCAUAUAUAAUCAUGAUGGGUUUUAGUGUUGUAAUAUUAUUCAUCAUGCCCAAAAUGAUGGCAAACUUAGAUCAAGAUGCCUUAAAAGAACUUCAAGAAAAUCAAACGCAAAAUCCAUUGGCUGAAAUGCCUGAUAUUUCUUCUACCUUAGCAAAUUAUUUAUCAG